AUGGAAAUACCAAAAAAUCGAUCUUCAAACAUAAAUCCAUCGGACAAGCGUUCUCAGCAGCGGCCCAAAUCCUCUUAUUUAACAGCUCCAACGACGACUUUGCAAAAGGGUGUUUCUUAUUGGUCUAAAGUACUUGCUUUUACGACCUGGAGCUUUUUUGAAAGCAAUCCUUCAAAUCCUUUCGUCAACCCUGUGACCCGUUUCUUAAGAAGUUUGUCCCAUCCUUUCAUAAGACCACAGUUAACACCGGCAAAGUUUGGUGAUUGGUUAACGUCGCAAAUCCAUCAUGAGCCAUCUGUAUCAAUUCCAUUACCGGAAAGUCUUCUGCGUGACAUUCCCAGUAACUCUGAAACGUCAUAUAGUUUGUUAGACGGUCUAUCAAGAACGAGUUACCCUGCGUCUUUGAAACAACAACAAAAAAAUUCAAGUGGAAACCAUGCAUCAAGCAGUGAUACUUCUCCCGCUUCUCAGCAUCGAUUUCUAGUUGAUUAUUGCAGACGACUUCACGUCCGCAGAAACGUACAUACAAGUGAACUUGUGCAAAUUGAUGCCGAGCUAUCUAAAUUGCACGCGCGACGUCGACAAGUCCUUAACCAGUUAAAUAACGCAGAAGAUAAAUGUUUAGAAUAUGACUCCCAGUUAACAUCUUUGGAAAAGCAAGUUUUGGAAGUCGAUUCCAAGGAAUUAAUUGAUGAUUAUGUCGAAGGUAAUGCUUCUCAGGACUCUACCACUGCAACAGGGGCAUUUCAAUAUAAUUCCAAUAAUUCCCAGAAAGCAACUACAGCCAGCAAAGAAGAUGUUUCUGGAACUGCUCCUACUUCUGUUUCUAAUGAUUUAGCUUCUGACUAUUUAAAUUCAUCUGCCACCUUUGUUGCCGAAGAAAAACAAAAACAUGAACAACCGACGACAUUAAGCCUCAUAUCGGGAACGCCAGUAAAGCAGUUCCAAGCUCAUUCUUCAUCUAUAACUUCUUUAGAUUUUUCUCACCCAUUUGGUAAUCUCGUUACCGCAUCUUUAGACAAAACUGUUAAGGUAUGGGAUAUGGCUGGCGUGGUUUGUUUGGGGCAAUUGGAGGGCCAUGAAGAUUUUGUCUCCUGCUUAGCCAUGCAGGAUUCUUUUAUUGCUACGGGAUCGAUGGACUCCAGUGUACGUUUAUGGAACCUAGAAAAUGGAAUUCUUCAAAAUACUGACUAUGAAUCUUCUAAUGAACUUGACGGUAAGGGUGUAAACGCCCAAAAUCAUACAACAGAUAAUGCUACUACUGUUUUGUCUUCACAUACUGCUCCUGUUACAGCUCUCACUUUGUCUUCUGAUGAUGUUUUACUUACUGGUGCUAAUGAUAAAACAGUUCGCCAAUGGGACAUUGUUACAGGUAGAUGCAUACAAACGUUAGAUUUUGUUUGGGCCAAUACACAAGAUCCAUCUCCGAAUCUAAACAUAAUAAACGAUCCUACUUUUCCUUUUAAAAAUGAACCAUUUAUAGGUGCUUUGGACUGCUUAGAUGCUGCCGUUGCUAGUGGUACUGUAGAUGGUCUCAUUCGCAUCUGGGAUCUAAGAGUUGGAUUACCCGUGAGAAGCUUCCUUGGACAUACCGCACCAGUUAGUACUCUUCAAUUCGACUCCAACUACCUUUAUUCCGGAAGCUUUGAUAACUCUGUACGUAUUUGGGAUUUACGUAGUGGAUCACCUUUGGAUAUAAUACCAAUGGAGAAGCGUGUAUCAUCUUUAAAAGUAUGCGAGGGUCGGCUUGCUGUUGCUGCUGAAGAUCCAAAUAUCCGAAUCUUUGAUGUUAAUUCACAUCGUACAUGGAUUUGUGGUGAUUAUCCUCAAAGUGUUUUGAAUAAUAGUGUUCUCAGCGAAGUCACUCCUACAUACCUUGAAUAUAGAGAUCGAUUUUUGGUUGAUGGUAAAACCGAUGGAUCCGUUAGUGUAUUUUCCGCUUAG